AGUUGACUCCCUUGUCCGGAUGUAGCGUUAGAGAGGUAGGUAUAGUGUGUACUCUCUUCUAUACCCUCAACUACAACACUGUCUCCAAGCAGCGGCAUCCCCACUCUGACAUCUCCUGACCGACCUACUGCUCUGUGUGCACCGCUCCUAGCAUCGGCCCGCCCGGCGGCGACAGGCAUGAAGUCCCGCCACUUUCGUCAUCUACUGUAUGGUCCUCCAGACAGCACCGGGGUUGACCUUGAGUGCAGAAAGGUUGUUAAAUGUGGCCUAUGGAAUGCUGGUCCACUCCUCUUCAAUGGCUGUGCGAAGUUGCUGGAUAUUGACAGGAACUGGAGCACACCAUACUGUCUUAUACGCCAAUCCAAAGCAUCCCAAACAUUCUCAGUGGGUGACACGUCCGGUGCAUAUGCAGGAUCCUAUAUCCAGAUCCUUGCAACAUGGGGCCGUGCAUUCAUCAUCAUGCUACAACAUGCGGUGAUGGUCGUGGAUGAAUGGUCCAACAAUGUGCUGAAGGAUCUCAUCACGGUAUCUCUGUCCUCCUCCUCCGUAUCUCCGUUGCUUCUCACGCAACACCAAGAGGAGGUCAGUUCCCCUCUGAUUCCCACACCUAGAAGCUCCAAGCUCCAGCUGCCCUCCUCCGUAGCCACGCUGUCCCCAUUGCAACACCAAGAGGAGGUCAGUUCACCUCUGAUUCCCACACCUCGGAACACCAAGCUUCUAACCCGCGCCAUGACGUCACAAGCCUCCGACGCCCCUGUAGCUCGCACUGCGUCAGUUCUCGACGCUUCCAGAGCCUACACCACGUCAGCUCCCAAUGCCACCGGUGCCAGCCUGACACGGUCGUAGUUAUUGUUGUUUCCUGUUUUGUCCUAUGCUUUGUGCCGUUUGCUUUAUAUUCAUAGUUACAUGCACCUGCGUCUAAUUUUCCCUUUGCGUAUUUAUUUCAGGUGCACAUUAUCUUUGUCGGAGCAUUAUAAAUGUUACUGCUCAUUGUUCAAUCUCUGCCACAGCAUGGCAGUUAUCAUUAAGAAAUAAACAU